GUAGUGGUCGGUUCAGUACGACAAUGGCUGGCGCCGAUCGUGACGUCAAGAAAAUGCUGCUGACGUCACUCUCCGCUAUGGUUGCAGAGACGACGACAUUUCCGAUCGACCUGGUCAAGACACGGAUGCAGCUUCACGGGGAGUCGUUGCAGUCAGCUCACCCGACCUCCGCUUUCAGAAUUACCCUAGAGAUCGCUCGCAAGGACGGUGUUCUAGGGAUGUACAAAGGUUUAACUCCUGCUAUUUUCCGUCACAUGUUUUACACACCGGUCCGAAUCGUAGGCUACGAGCAUUUGAGGAGCUUUUUCUUACGAUCGUCUGGCGAUUCACCUUCCUUUUUCAGCAAAGCGGCAAUUGGUGGAAUUUCUGGCGCUGUUGCUCAGGUAAUUGCAAGCCCUGCUGAUCUGAUCAAAGUAAGGAUGCAAGCAGAUGGCCGUAUGGUCAGCCAAGGUCUCCAGCCACGAUACUCAGGGUUGUUUGAUGCCCUACAAAAGAUCAUUCAUGAUGAAGGUUUUCUAGGACUUUGGAAAGGUGUUUCCCCAAAUGUCCAAAGAGCAUUUUUGGUGAACAUGGGAGAGUUAGCUUGUUAUGAUCAUGCCAAAAGAUUUAUUCUGAAAUAUCAGAUAUGUAAUGAUAAUAUUUAUGGUCACACUCUAUCUUCCCUCAUAUCUGGUCUUUCAGCUACUGCAUUGAGUUGUCCUGCUGAUGUUGUUAAGACUAGAAUGAUGAAUCAGGCUUCUGGGAAGGAAACAAAGGUUAAAUAUAGGAACUCCUAUGAUUGUCUUGUGAAGACUGUCCGGAUUGAGGGCUUGAGGGCACUUUGGAAAGGAUUCCUUCCUACUUGGGCAAGACUUGGUCCUUGGCAGUUUGUUUUCUGGGUAUCCUACGAGAAAUUGCGAGUUUUUUCUGGCCUGCAAUCCUUUUAGUUAGUUAAUCUGAUGGGGGAUAUCCUGAACAGCUGGCCUGGCAUAUUUCUAUGAAGUCUUGUAGUAAUUCCUGAUUGCAUUGAUCGUCAUUCUCAUUCAGUAUGAAAUUACUCAGCAGAGCUAUUUUAAUUGUUGCCUUUGAAUUUACCUGCUCUUUUUUUCAGUUGCUAGUGAGUGGUAAGAAUUGCAGAUGCCACAACUUGUGACACUUUAGUUCCAAAGCUAAUUUCAUCUGUCCCAUGUGCCCAAUCUUAUAGUAUUCUGGACAAAUUGGUGCAGUAUCUCAUACGCACGUACAUAAAUAUGACAUUUUUACAGGCUCAACUUAAUAUUUCGUAAUUCUCUGAUUUCCGUUCUUAUAACUGAUUUCCUUUUGAGUAUUGCUCCGAUUGUUGCUGAAACUUUUUUUCUGAUUGGAUACUUGAAAGUGUAUCUCAGUUCCACAUGUAAUUUUGCUGAUUAACUCUUUGUUCUUAUUGGAUUCUUGAAAAUUUAUCUCAGUUUCACAUAUAAUUGUUUAUAGCAGUAACUUUCGUGCAAUAAACAUGGAAGAUGGAACAUAUUUCUGACUUAAAUGUGUUAUGGUGAGAUUGUGGCUGAGAGAUAAAGCUGUUUGUUAUGCUCUUUGUAUCUCCUAGUAGAACUGUGAAUAAUUUGUAAAUUCCUUUUAAAUUCUAUGAUUUUAAUGAGUAUCCUUGUGCAUUCUAGCUGUGUGUUUAUCAUUUCUCUGUACUUUUUGCUCAUGUUGAGUUAAAGUUCUUUUAUUAGCCGGUACUAUUAGGUUAACCAAAUGCACCCCUCCUUAGGUAUAACCGUAGCAUUUUCUUAGAUUCUUAAUGUGCAGAAAGUCAAUUUAUAUGGUGAUGGCAUUUAAGCUUAAUGUGUGGGGUUACCCUUUUAUCAAUUUCUACAGUGGAUAAGACUACAGCAUGGAUUAUGUCAGGCUUUGUUGAUUUGUUUUCAGACCAUUUGCAUGCUUACUGGACCUAAUAAAACUAAAAUUGCUCU